UCCGUGGCGCGAGUAUAUCUGCCUCGAGUGCGAUUGCCCCCGCGACGAGUCGCGAUGUUCUCCCCGAGUGGUGACUAGUAGUAGUAGUAGUAGCCGUUAUUCAUUGAUAUACAUCUUUCGCUGCUUCUUCGUGCCGAGGGACACCCUCGUCGUGUAUCGCACACAUAAUAUCAAUGUCUCGUAGAUAGAUGCUUAUCGGUAGUGUCGGCUCGACACAACACACGUUGCUUUGCGCGAGUGCGUGAGUGAGUGAGCGAGCGAACGAAUUCGAGUUUUAUAGUUUGUGCGAUGUGAGCGCCGACCGGCGCGGAAGUACCUGCUAUUAUUAUAGUGUGCGUGGGCCAUUAUUGCUGAGUGCGAAUUUUUUCGGUGCACCAACGGUGAGCCGCUGCUCGCACACGCGACGCGCUUCAACGAGCACUCAGACAGCCGCUCGUAUAUGGCCAUACUAUAACGUGUGUUCGGUCGAUCUCUUUCUCUCUACGUCGCGAUUUCGCUGCAGGCGUGUGUGUGAGCGUAUGUGUCAGAGCGAAAGAGUGUGUGUGGCCAAUCCUGAGGCUACAUAAGUGCAGCUGCUAAUUUACCCGUGAAACGGUGAAAAGUAAAAAAAAAACACGCCACAUGUCACAAUAAUGAGCGAUGCAAUCUGUAGAAAUAAACAUAUUUCUCGUGAUUAGAAAUCGCCAAAAACUGUCGUGAGCCAGGGUUACACUAGCUAUUUCUUUCUCACGAGAACAGGUGUUUACUUUCUCCGAGUGUAUCUUUAACACGAACGGAUUUUGAUUGAUGUUUGUCACCGAGAUGAAAUUUUUCUUUAUGUACCGCUUUGGUUUCAUCGUUCACCCAAGAUCUAGCUGAAUUUAAUUAGUCCACUUAAUAAAAGUUAUUCAAACGAUUACUAGACUGCAAUCCCCAACGAUUCGUGGCAAACUACGUGCCACCCCUAAAAAAAACUGUGUAUGCAAAAAAGAAAAAUUCUGCCUGUGAUAUGGUGAAGGAAGCCGUACGAUGCAACUACUGACCUUGAACUCACUUUUGAUGUUCGACUUGGUCUUCCUGUUUUUUCUCUUUCUUGUCGGCGUCUCUUGUCUGGCCUACUAUUUGCCGGGCUCACGGUUGCCGCAUGCGAUCGCCCCCUACGAAAUCAUCCAGUCAAGAACGGCUCCGCGCGCCAACGCGCCCAUCGACGAUGUUUAAGUAUGCCAAUGAAGACCCCUGGCGGCGCCGAAUUAGAGGUCGUUGUGGGAGACGUCCUUGCAUUACGCGGAACAGGAUUGGCAGCAGCCGAGACAUGGGCGUUAUUAUGCCAGGCUGCCCAGGCCCUCCAAGAUCUUUUUUUAUCAAAUGGAGGAGUCGUAGGUGAUUCUCGAGCCGAGCCGUUGGUUACUCCACACACUCUUGAGCUGACGGCUCAAGGAAGAGUAAAGCUACUUCAAGCUGCUCCCGAUACAGCAAGAGCAUACUUGCCACCUGAAUACCGACCAGGACGUAUUUAUUCAGACACUGAUUCAGAAAAGAUGUGGAUGUAUUCGCUGGGCCGAGCCCUGCUGGACACGACGCCCAGAGCCACCGCACUGACGGGGACCGUUUCCGUCUCGCCCUCGUCGGCGCUGCAGUCCGUGCUGGCCGCCAUGACCGAGCCGGAUCCUCAGAGGCGCGCAUCCCUCAUGAAUCUCCUCGAUGUGAUAUCGGAAUACUGCAGAACACGCCUGCAGUCGAGGCCAUUCACGCAUACCGUGACGGACAUGUAUCGCGAGGUAGUGCGUUCGGCCAGUUAUUCGGCGCGGAAACGAGCGGCAGUGGCCAGAGCCACCCGACAGCAGCAUCAGCUACAGCAGCAGCAGCAACAGGCGCAACCGCAUCCCUUGAGUGCCAAUGCGGUGCCAGCACGUCAGAAUCCACCGGGUAGGCAUCAUCAUCAUCAUCAUCAUCACGGCGCCAAAGCCAACGGCAACGCUUUGUUUAAAGCUCAGUCGCGCAAUUCACGCUCGCAACCGAACCUACUGAAUCUAGGCCCGGAGGGACGAUGCUCGGCUUACGGUUACGUGAUCGAUGCCCGAAAUCUACAUUUGCGCACCAACUCGCAGCCCGAAUACUGCCAGCUGAACCGAGCGAGUAUCGGAGCGACAGUACCGCAUCACGUAAGAAGCACCAGCAAUAUAGCGGCUAUGACGGCUUCGUCUGCAUCGUCUGUGUCUGGCUCGGUGGCGAGCAACAACAGAGGACCGAAUGUCAGCGGCGGCGGUGACGUCCGGAAUGCGAAUAAUGCGUGCUCGAGCAGCGGCUACGGUUUCGACCCGGUUUACGCGAUGCCGGUCAAGCCGUUUCUCAGCACGCAAGACGUACGCAACGCUAAUACCAACAACAACAACGGCAACGCGGCUCGACUAUUUCAACGUGCCGAGCAGCAGCAGCAGCAGUUUGGCAUUACGACGGCUGAACAGCAGCAGCAUCAGCAGCAUCAGCUGCAACGACCGCAGACCAUCGGCAAUGCUACUCGCUCUGGCAUCUCGCAGUUGAACAUCAACGAAUCUACCUCUGCUGCUGCUGCAACUGCUGCUGCUCAAACACGUGAAACAGAGGACCUGUACGCAACGCCGUCGAAGCCCAACAGCAACCUAUUGCAGCGUCAACAUUCCAGUCCGCAGUUUCCUUUGAUCUCGCGCCAAGAUCGCGAGGGAAAAAAAGUUUGGGAAUUCGACAAACCGACGUCGAACGAAUUAGCCGGCAAGUCGGCAUCGUUGUCAGCGUCGCAAAACGGAAAUAACAGCAGGACUACUGCAGCGAGCCAGCGACAAUAUCAACAAACGCAGCCAACCUCAGUGGCGGCGGACGAAGAACAAAGCCCGGAGCGGCAAAAACAAAUUGAGAGCAAAGCCAGCAGCCCCUACAGUACACCGCGAGGGCCGCCACCUCCCAAGCCCCCGCGAAUAAUUACCAGCUUGAAAAAGGCUCAAGCAGCCCACGCCAGUGCAGCUGCUUCUGCUGCUACUGCUGCUGCUACGGCUGCUGUCAACGCCAUCGGCGCUCAGGAUGUCGCGGUAGCCAAGCAGCAAAAACCACCAAGGGAUUUCAAAAAUGGACCACGAGCACUUAAAAGCAAAGCCGUUCAGAGAGCCCCAUCCCGACUUUAUAGAACGGUUAAUGGACCAGCGGCGUCAUUUAAUAAAACGCAUUGCGUCGGUCCUGAGUUUGUUGUACGAGCAAAUCAACCAGCCAAAUUACUAACCGUGGGAGAUUUUAAGAUUAAUAAUAUGGGCCGAUUGACGGUUAUUCUUCUAACUGGGCAACGCAUCGAGGUGACAUGCGAUCCUCAAAAAGUCACGGCUGGUGAAUUAUUUCAGGUCUUGGUGCAAUCAGAAGGUCUAGAAGAAAACUUCACUCUUGGUCUUGCGGCUUUACUCGCGGGGGAUUUCGCAAUGCUGCCAUCGGAAACGAAAUUAAAUAAGGUCGCGCCACCGGGUUGGGCGAGUAGCGGUAAAAAUAAAAUAUCACUGGGUCUUCCAACUACGUUCAUGUUAUACUUGAGACUGCGCUUCUUCUUACCUUCGCUUCGAGGAAUCAGGAGUUGGAUUUCCAAGCACAUGCUUUAUUUGCAAAUCAGACGUUGCAUAUUAGAGCAGCAGUUUGUGUGCCCUCUGGCUCAGUUGAUAAAUUUAGCUGGUCUAGCUCUGCAAGCGGAAUUCGGAGACUACAGUGUUAACGAGCACGGCUGUAGCGAUUACUUCCUUUUGGAACAUUACGUCCCAGAAUCGCUGAUACUGAACUCGGAAGAGCAAAAAUAUCGGCACCCCCAGUUACCCGAUAGCGGCGAGGCGCUACGAAAACGACUGCAGCAAGCACAUUUCGAGCGUCGCGGUCUCGAUCCGAGCAAAGCCGAGGAGAUGUUCAUUUCACACGCGCAAUGUUUGCCUGACUACGGGGCUCACUAUUACACCGCGACCGUUGACGCGAAGGAAUUCAAUAAAAUUAUCGCCAAGCAGAAGAAGUGCGCCGAGACGAACAGCCAGCAAAAGAGCGACGAUCAACCACUGCAGCAAAUAGCCGAGAACGAAAAUAUCUACGAGCUCGACAAGAACUCGGACUAUCAGAUUUAUGGAAAAAUCGAAUUCAGCAAUACCGGAGCUCGCGAGCAAUACUUUCAGCGCAGUUCUUACACGGACGAGCAAAAAAUCAUGUUAUCUCGAAGUCCGUCGAGCGUGAUGGACGACAUUUACGCGGCGAAGAAAGCAAACGAAAGCGAAAAUGACAAAUCGUCGAAUAACAAUAAAAACAAAGCCAAAACCGCUAAGCCGAAAAAAGGCGACAGUGAUGUGUGGCUUGCCGUGCACUCGCAAGGCUUAAAAGUUUUUGAGCGCGGAGCCCGGCUGCGAGAAAGAGUAGAAAUGUCUAGAUUCGACUGGAAGGAUAUCCAGACGCUGAGUUAUGGCAAAAAUUAUUUGAUCGUUCAUACGAAAAUAGGUGGCAAACGUUUCAAGUUUAAGUUAAAAAUGGAUCAUCGAAAGAGCUUCUAUGCUUUCAAACUAACUUCUUUGCACCAUCAAUUUUUCUUGAAGCUGCGCUCGGAGUUAACUUCUUUACAAGGAUUAGUAAAAGAUUUCGGAGUGCCUUUAAUCGUUGAACCAAAUUCCCCGAAGCCAAAGAUGAGACCGGAGAGUGCAAAAACAAAAAUUACCUUCGCCGACGCGGAAAAACAACACAAGUUGGAAAAACCUCGACUCGAGGAGCAGCAAAACAAAGAAAACGAGAAUCCAUUUAAAGAAUCCGACGAUAUCAAGCUCUCCAAUGGAAACCACAUCGAUACGUUCGACGAUGCCGAGAGUAACAUUAACGGCAACGGAGGCCAAGUCAACAAACGCCUCGAACCCGAAGGCGAGGCUCGCGAUACCGAAGACGAAAACGACCACACUUUGACGGUAAACAGAAACAUACUCUCGACGAACGUUUCCAACGGACUGAAAGUGCUCGAGCACCACGAGAUCGAUAGGAUAUAUAACUACAUCGAGGAUCGAAUGACGAAUGGCCAGGAAAAAGAAGAUUUCAUUUACUCGAUGCCGAAGAAGUCUUCUUUUUCUCAAUCCAAGACUCAAAAGUCCGAUGAAAAAAUUGAAAACCCUGAGGCUCUGUACGCUGCGAUCAACAAAUCGGGACUGCCGAAAAAAAUUGAAUACACAGUACCUGAAAACGAGGCCUGGAAAGUCGUCGAGGUUCAAAGGCUUCCUCACAUGAGUUCAAAUGGCAAUUAUAACUACAAUCAGAGUAGAAAUCGUAAUUUAUCGAAGAUGCCACAGCGCUUGGAAGUUGUGAAAGUGGAAAAUAGAUCGAUGUAUUCUACUUCGAUGGAUAAACGCCGUUUGAAUCUUAAUGACGAUCUGGAGCUCAGGUCUUUGCAAUCCGACUCAGCGUCAGCCAAAUCGACGGAAUCUCCUUUACCCGAAGCCUACGUAUUAACACCGCCUCUCCGCUCAUUGAUAACAAAAUGUAACGAUAGCGAUGAUUUAUCAGAUGCAGAUAUCAGAGCGACGGACGAGCCCUUCUGCAUACCCGACGAGACAAUGUCGAAUUCUCUGUUAGCGAGGCUCGAUGAGCUCUCGUUCGCGGAGGAGCGGGUUCUGCGCACGAUAAAGCUUCAGCGAGGUCACGGCGGCAGCAUCGGGCUCCAAGUGACCGAGGGUAACGACAGCGGCGUCUACGUGCAGGCGGUCUCGGUCGGUGGCUCCGCCGAUAUGGCUGGGAACGUUAAUAAAGGCGAUAGAAUCGUAGCUAUAAAUGGACAGAGUUUACUUAAUCUUAGGUAUGAAGACGCGUUGAAGAUGCUACAAAGUACCUCCGAAACUGUUGAAUUAGUCUUAUCGCAAGUAGUAUCUUUACCUUGUCCAGCGCUACUGACAGAUAGCCCUGACGAUGAUUUAUCGGAGCCAAUGAAAAAUAGUUAUUUACAGAAUUUGAAAUUCGGCGUAUCGUCGGAAAGAGAAUCUUCGUCGAUGACAUCUACUAAAUGGCUACAAAAGCUCGGAGACGUCGCAUCUGUUCAAAACACGUCAAGUGCUUACAGUAGCGCAGCAUCUAGUGCAAUGGGAAAUCACAAUGUAAAUAGUCUUUAUGUACCGGACAUCGAUGACACGGAAGGGAUCCACUCCGUUAGUAGGCUUUUAACUUUGGAGGACUUGGACAUUAGUCACGUCAACAAUCAGCAAGUUUUUAUUUAAUAUACGCAGUAUUACCAACGCCGCCAGUACCACCUCGUCGUAAAAAAAAUAAAGCUCGACCAAAGGAACCAAUUUCGCUUCCAAUAAAAUCA